AUGCCUCAUUAUCAUCUCAACCCAUCCUUUCUCUUGCUUUUCCUCAUCACUGUAUCCCCUGCAGUGGUGAACAUGGUUCAAACCGAGGCCAGAAACCUCCUGGAAAUAACCUUGCCUGACCUCCCCUUUCCUCAUAUCCCUACAUUGCCUAAACCUGAAAUACCAACCUUCCCAGAAAUUCCAAAACCUGAGCUACCAACUUUACCAAAGCCUGAAUUCCCAGAAAUUCCAAAACCUGAAUUCCCUGAAAUUCCAAAGCCUGAAUUCCCAGAAAUUCCAAAACCAGAACUGCCAACGAAGCCAUGA